AUGGGGCCCCCGGGUAAUAGGGGAUCAUGGGGCCCCUGUGUCCUUGCCCACACUCAAAAAAGCCUAUAAAAAAGGUACCAGGGAGGGGCGGACUGACAACUCAUGGGGCCCCCGGGUAAUAGGGGAUCAUGGGGCCCCCGGGUAAUAGGGGAUCAUGGGGCCCCUACAGGGGCAGACUGACAACUCAUGUGGCCCCGGGCAAUAAGGGAUCAUGGGGCCCCUGUGUCCUUGCCCAAACUCAAAAAAGCCUAUGAAAAAGGUACCAGGGGCAUCUCAUGGGGCCCCCUACUGACCCCGGGCCCUCGGGCAGUGCCCAAGUUUCCAAAUGGCCGUCCGCCCCUG